AUGGCUGAUCCUCUCACCACCAACCUUCAACCAAAUGAUGGCUCAAUUCGUUGCCAAAUUGGAAGCACCUUCCUGAUCCUUUCAGCUGGCACGUUCAAGAUGGGAGAUUCAUUACUAGUCGGCACAGAGGGCUCAGAAACACCUUCCACGAUUCUGAUUUACGCCGAUACAAUUGAGAUGACAGCCGAAAUUUGUAAUGCAAAUGGCUGUAAUGUCGGCAUCUUCUGCCGUUCGUUCAACUUUGAGCCAUUUCCGCAAGGUGUUAUCAGGACUAUUGGACGCGAUGGUGCACCAGUCACGGCGCCAAAUGCGCCUUUGACGGCGGAGAACAACGGUCAAAACGCGGGCAGUAUUAAUGCUUACAUCGAAGAAUAUGACGCCACAAAAUUCAUGACCACAGACUCCGGACAGACUGGUCUUUUCCUCGUAGCCUUUGGUGGGCAAGGGGGUAAUGCAGCUGACUAUGGCCCUGGUGGCAGUUCCGUCGGCGGAAAUGGGGGCAAUGGGGGCCAAGUCCAGUUCCUCUAUGUUUCGACUGAAAGCGCUUUACUGGGGAAGUUGAGCAUGGUAUACAAAGAUGCAUCGACCCCAUUCCGUACUCGAGCACAGCAACUGGCGAAAAUGGUACCCAAGAACUUGGAGCCCAAGGGCAAGACUAGCACAGUUGCAACGGAAGCGACAAAGUUCGAGAGCAAUUGCCGGUUGCUGGAUAAUCUCAUAUCCAGUCUGGGCUAUAUUGAGCGCAUAUUUCACAGGGAAAUGCCCAAAGAGACAAAAUCUCUCUUAGAGUCAGUUAUCGCAGCAUCGAAGAAGACUCUUACACACCCGGAGGAACCCAGAUUUGACUUGGCAACCUACUCGGCCUCCUUGAGCGCCUUGCAAAGUGCAGCCAAAAAUGUUUCCAGAAGCAAAGUGCAAGAUGUUUCAUUUGGUGACCUCAAGAACGCUCUCUUAUCCUUCAAGACCGCCCUCAGCCAAAUUGGUUCGGAUGGUGCCAAAACACAACCAGCAUCACCGUUCGCGCUGGCCAUCGAGGCCCUAGAGACUUUACUGAAAAGUAAUGUGAGCAGUCUCAUUGAACAAUUCAAUGUUUGGUAUUCCAGUGAUGGAGGCGAUGGAGGAAAUUCGGGUGCCUCCGGACAAGGUGGUAAUGGCACUAUGCCUGUCAUUCAAGCCAUUAGCCCAGACGCCCCAGAUCUCUCAAGCCCUGUGGCAUAUGUCCACCCAGACCAGUGCCAGAUGCUGCUCGACAUGGCAAAUCGCAAAUAUCUUGCCGCGAGUUGCCGGACAGCAAGCAAAAACCCCGGUCGGUUUGACGAGGCUCGCCAGCUAUACGAAAGGAUAUUCGAUCGCCUCUCUUUUGUACCUCUCUUACAGGAUGAUCUCGACAGCCAAGACCCUCAACCUUUGACCAAAGCCUAUGCACAAAUGCAGGCUGCCCAUCUCUGCUUAGACCCCAUUUCAGACCUGGCUCAGAUACGUUUACAAGCAGGUUUGUAUCUUUGUGCUAUCUCCCAUGGAAAGGACAUGUUUGGUCAUGGCGGAGACAAAGAUGAGGGUGCUCGUUGGGUUCCACGGUUGACAUAUACCCAGUACUCAUCAGCAAUUGUCUCCUCAAUCCCGAAAUUGAAUGAACUCGCCACCAGUAUCGCUGCCCAGGAGGGUCAGCAACAGGACAUUGAAUACAACAAGAAGCUAGCAAUCACCAGCGUCCAAGCUCAGAUCAACAUUCUACAACAGCAGAUCCAACUUGCCACCAGUCCUACUGGGCCGUUGAAGUCAGCAGGAUCCCAAAUCCAACAGUACACUCCACCACUAAAGGCAAUGAGGCUUAGUAUCCAAAAUCAGGUGACUACCCUUACGGAUGAAAUUAAUAGCUCUUGGAACUUCAAUCCAACUGAUAUAAUCAACGGAAUUACGCAACUCCUAUCGAAUCCAGAUCCUUUUGCGAUAGGUAUGGGAAUUUUCUCGGGCCUUUAUAACUCGUUCACCAGCGUUCAAGCCGACGAUGGUGGUGAUGUCAACAAGCUGUACGUCGUGAAGCAAUUUGCCUCUGCUGGCGAUGACCUUGGAAAGUUGAACGAAGCUGUGAAUAUGACAGCCAGCGGGACACUCUCAGUCGACGAUCCUGGCGCGGCCAAGCUUCUUGCUGAUGAGAAGACACUCAACGACUUGAUUGACAAAUUCGCGAGUGCCCUUGACCCUAACAAGGUGAAGGACAUUCACAGCACUCUUCAUCAGUUCGCGUCUCUUGCUAAACGUCGCAACGCUGCUGUGCUCAAGUAUAACACAACAGCGAUAAUGCUCGUCAAGGCGCUGCAGAGUCUGAAGUACUUGACCCACAAGAUUGGCGUUCUCUCCAGCCAGAAUAUUAUGUCAGAUACUCACCGCGGGUCACUUCUUUUGCUCCAGUUCAAAACGUUCAAUGACAUGUGUGCGACAGCGUAUGAGCUUAUGUAUGAGGCUGCGGGCAGUAUGCAGUUUUGGAAGCUUGACUCAAAUGCUCAAGUUGACCCGCCGUUGCCAAGUGGUGGCUUUGACAGCGGCAAUACUGUCGAGCGGAUUCAAUCUUACGUCGAAGGACUAAGCAACAGCUUCAGCUCUUGGCUAUCUUAUUAUUCUGAGAACCCAGGUCUAAUCUUCCCUAACCCAAGUAGCCCUCCGGGCCAGACAGCCGGUGGUAUAACAUGGUUCCUCAGUCAAGACCAGGUCUCUGAGCUCCAGAAUCACAAGGUCCAAGAUCUCUCAAGCAGCACAGAUGAGCAGGAAUAUCAAGUCAUGUUCGCUCUGCCCGCACCAACACCUCUGUCAACUGAUGCAUCUGACAGUUCCGACUACAACCCAUUCACAGGAUAUGCCAACGUUCGACUUGACCAAGUCCUGGUGUGGCUUUUCGGCGCAACCGUCAAGCCCGAUCAAGACACCCAACAGUGUCGGCUGUCUUUGGAAAUCUCCCACCUCGGCGACGAUUCGAUUGUGAAGGAUGAUGGAAGAACAACGCUGAAGUUCAUGCAUAGCGCGACGCACCUCAAAUUUGUCUAUGACCCUACGAAUGUGACUUCAUGGGCGGCUGCACAGAAGACAAGCCCAAUUGUUGUGCAGAAUCUGGAUAGUGGCGGUGAAGGUGCUGGUCGUGAUAGUGCAAGAACGGAGCGACAGCUAUCUGUUGCACCGAUUGGACCAUUUGCUACAUGGAUGUUGACAGUAAGGGAAAGAGAGAAUAAUGGACUGGACUUGAGUAAACUGACUGGCGUUUGUCUCGAGUUCUGGGGCUCUGCACACACAGUCGAUGUAUCUUAG